GAAGAUGUAAACUGAACGACAGAGAACAAAAAAAUUCAAACUCCCCUGAAAUUUUGUCCUUUUUACUGAGCCAUUUAAACCUCUGUAACCUUAACAAGCAACGAUCAAACCUCUCUAAGACUGAAAAACUAUCUUCAUCGACCAAACAGUUAAGAAUAAUUAUUUUAGAGUUGGUUUUAAGGGUUUGUUUGCCAUUGAUUUGAAGACGAAGACGAACAGUUGAACUUGAUCAAAACAUAUUAUUACGAUGAAGUAUAAAGAGCUAAUCAAGGUUUGUGUAGAGUUACUUGAUGGCUUUAAUCCCAAUAUUCAUGGAGUUCAAGAACAUGUAGAUUCGCAUUUAUCUUCGAUCAAGGAUAUUGAAGAGAAUGAAGACGUUUUUAUUACUGAAGUAUUUUCUGGAUGUGUACAGCACAUAAGCAUCCUUAAGGUUGUUGUAGAUGCUUUCUAUGUAGAUGUUGGAAAGACUUGCUUACUUGUUGAUAAAAACCUGUAUUUAGUUCUUACAUACUUAGCUCUGUACAGACUUGAUGAAUUAGGUCUUUCUCACUUCAAGAAAUUCAUUGCAUCACAAGACUCAAAUAAAAUGCACCGGUUUCUUGCAUUUCUUUUCAACGAACAAAACAUUAAAACAUGGAUGAAAGCUGAGUGGUGUAAGCAAUAUGAACACAGUUAUGUAAAAGCAAAUCUUCUCUCUCCACUGUUACGAUGGCUUCCUGAUCUCAAGGAAAUUGUGAAGAAACUUGAAGACAAAAAAGCAAACAGACAAAAGCCCAAACCCAGCAAACCAGCAACAGAAAUCAAGCCAUUUAAUCUAACAAAACCACAGCCUCGUAGUGUUCCAAUACCUGAUAAGAUUCCUAAGUUACAAAAGAGUAGAGAAGUUCCACAGACGACUUACAGACAACCAUUUGAGGAAGAAGUGUUAUCCAAAGUUCAUGAAGAGAACAGAAAAAAGGCAGAGGAAGAACUAAUGAAAUCAUCAGCCAAGCAGUUUAGCUGUGCAAGUGCAGAAAAAUCAGCCAAAACAAGAGAAAGAAUGCAGAAAAUCAUGAAAGAAGAGGAAGCAAAGCUGCAGUUUAACAAAUCCAAAGUUUCUGAAGUUCCUUCUACAAUGGUAGGAAAUGUACCAAUCAGGCUGAAUGCUGCAGCAAUAAUGAGAGAGGGAGUGCUGUUUGACAAGAAAGAAGAGGAGGAGCUACAAAGGCUGGCCGAGUAUGAGAAAGGAGGCAAGGACCCAUCGGAAUUCCUCAAAUGGCAGGAGAGCAUGAGAAAGAAAGAUAUGGAAGAAAAUCUUGCUGAGAUAGAAAGAAGACGACUGGAAGGAAAGCUGAGCUACGAAGAAGCUAUUCUUGCAAGGCAAACUCUGAUCAAAGAAAACCAAGAACGAGUACAGCAAAUCAAACUAGAGACUCAAGAAAUGAUGAAUGAAUAUUUGAAAAAGAAAUUUGAGGAGGAGAAAGAAAUGAGAAAUCUCGUGGAAAGCACGAUGGAAGGACAUCAGAACACCAAAGAAGCUCGGAAGAAACUCCAGGAGUUCAAGCAAAAGAUAGUACAAGAAGUAGCUAAAGAGAGCCAGGAAAUGAUGAGGAAAGCGCUAGAAGCGGCUGAAGAGGAAAUGCGUCAGAAAGUAGCACUUAUCGCCAAAAUCCGAGCCAUUGAAAGUGUACCAGUGAUACGAUUCAAGUACGUUGACCUGACGGAGACCUCAGGAGCUGGUCUACUCAGUGAGAUGUCCAUCGCAGAGCUYAGGGAAAGAUUAUCGUUAUUGAAAAUGGCCGAAAAGGAAGAAAUGGAGGAGAAAAGCGACAAAAUCUUGAAAGCGAAAGUAAAAAAAGAUCAAUUGUUAAUGGACAAACUGGAGAACAUCGCUAAACAUCGCGCCGAGAAAGGAAGAGCAGCAGCWGUAAGACAUGAAGAGAAGAAAGGUGUACAGAAAUCGUCUCUCCAAGACCCGAAACUCCAAGAACUGCAAGAAAAACUUGAAGCCCGUAAAGCAGAGAGGAAACGAGAAAGUGACAAACUUGCGCGGACGUUGUCGCCGAAGAAAGCCACUUCAAGACGGCAGAAGGAGUUGGAACGCGAAAAGGCCUCCAUUGAAAAAAUGAGAUGGAAAGAACUAGAAGAAACAAGGGAAAAAGCUGCCAAACUGCGAGGAGAUGGUCUAUCGAGCAGAACRUCUGCUGGAGUACGUCCUGUGACAAACUUGAGGUCACAACACACAACAGCAAAAGUCUCGUCUUGAUUAUCCUUCGCAAUCCAAUAUUAUCAAUAGCCUCUUUCAAUUUGUAAGAUAACUUKUGUAUUUCUCUUGAUACCAGAUCCAUUCUUUGAAUUUUUUAAAAAAUGUAUCAAAAUUAAUCAAAUCCAUGGACUAUAUAUCCAUAAUUUUUAGCCAAAAUAGACCAAAAUUCACACAUUUCAAAAUUGGGAUAAUU